AUGAAGUUGAAGCCAUGGGGACAGGCAUUUUGGAAGUUAAUGGAUGGUAACAGAAACCCUACUUUAUGCAAAGUGCUAGGUGGUGUGCAAGUUGGCGUGCCACCACCGAUACAGACUGCUGCUUCGGUGGACAUCUCCUUGGACUCUGAAUCAUGUGUUUCGGUUCCAGAAACUGCAAAAAGCACAGCAUCACAGAAAAUGGAAAAACCUCGCCUUCCGGAGACAGCGGAAACACAAAACUUAUUAACGACUGAAUUACAAAGAUUAGUUUUGUUAAAACAAUUAGAAGUCCUGAGGCUUAAGAAAAGAAAGUUGAUGAGAGAGUUAGAACAGGAAGAGUUAUUAGUUACAGAAAAUGAUAAAGUGUAUACACAGUUGUAA